AUGGGAAAAAGAAAUCAACGGGAUUUCCAGGUUUACGAAGGUACUGCCGGAAUAGAUCUGAAAGAUACAAUAUGCGAAUUCACCGGUGAUGUUUUGCGAUUUCCCGUCAGUGAGGACAUGCUGGGUAGAACGUUUAACGGUGCGGGAAAACCUAUAGAUAGGGGACCGCAUAUCUGCGCUGAAGAUUUUGCGGAUGUGAAUGGAAUGGUUCUGAAUCCGUAUAUGAGAGUUUAUCCGAGGAAAACGAUAGAAACUGGAAUUUCAACAAUAGAUAUAAUGACCACCAUAGCAAGGGGACAAAAAAUUGCUAUAUUUUCCGGAUCAGGCUUACCUCACAACGAGAUUGCUGCUCAAAUAGUUCGACAAGCAGGAAUUUUUGGGAAGGAAAAUUCGAAGAAAUUUGCAAUCGUUUUCGCUGCAAUGGGUGUGAAUAUGGAAACGGCAAGAUUGUUCACACAAGAUUUUGAGGAGAGAGGAAGUCAUGAAAACAUCUGCAUCUUCUUAAACACUGCGGCGGAUCCUACACUGGAACGGGUUCUUACGCCUCGCUUAGCUCUAACCACAGCAGAAUUCUUGGCCUACCAAUGUGGGCGCCAUGUAGUUGUUGUCAUGACGGACAUGACAGCCUAUGCCGAGGCCGUAAGAGAGGUCGCUGCAGCUCGAGGAGAUGUGCCAGGACGUAGAGGAUUUCCUGCUUAUAUGUACACCGAUUUAUCGAGUAUAUUCGAAAGAGCUGGUAGGAUGAAAGGCAGGCGUGGAACAAUCACUCAGCUACCGAUUCUGACAAUGCCAAAUGAUGAUAUUACCCACUGUGUGCCUGAUCUCACUGGAUAUAUAACAGAAGGCCAGAUAUAUCUCGAUAGACAAUUGUGGAAUCGCCAUAUUUAUCCUCCGAUCAACAUUUUGCCAUCGCUCAGUCGCUUGAUGAAAACCGCAGUUGGAGCUGGUACAACUAGAGAAGAUCAUGCGGAUGUGUCGGAUCAGCUAUAUGCUCUUUAUGCUACAGCUAAGGAAGUCGCUACGUUUCGAACAGUGGUAGGAGUUGAAGCUCUCACGAGUGAAGACUACUUGCAUUUGGAGUUUUUGAAGAAAUUCGAAAAAGAAUUUGUUUCUCAAGGGCAACACGAACGACGAACGAUUGUUGAAUCAUUGGAUGCUGCUUGGCAAUUACUACGAGUGUUUCCAAGAGAAAUGCUAACAAGAAUACCAUCCCACAUAUUGGAUAAGUACUAUCCAAGGCGAUAGCUUGCCCAAAUAGAAAUUUGCUUGAUAAUGGAAAUUUGCUCGGAGUUUCUCUUGCCCUUAUCAUGAGAGAUAGGGAAGUUAUGAAAAAAAAUGAUUGAUGUUCGGUUAUUUUUAUUUUGAACUUGUCUAAUUAAUC